AUGGACAUUGUGCCUUUUAUCGCUGCAACGGGCAACACGGAUGGUCAGAGAACAGAAGCGGAGGCCAAUCGGUAUUUCCUAAAACUACUGCUGGAAAACAACCAGGUCAAUAUCUUCCUGAGCGAUCCUCGCAUACAGCAGGCACUCGAACUCAGAGCGGAGAGACGGCAUCAAUUCGUCCUCGACAAUGUCUAUGCUGAGGCGAAUGCGUACAUAGCGCACUUGGAAGCCACCGCAGAUGUUAACCACCGACAGCAACUAGCAUUCGUGAGUCAGUCUACCAAUGUGCUGGUAGGGCAACUUCACAGCGAAGCUAGGGUGCUCGAAAGCAUUGUUCGUGCAGAACAGCGAACAGCACAAGAGCUUCAGGCACAGCUGACACGCACACAUCAGGAAUGUCAAGACGAGCGGUCAUUGGCUAUGCGGUUUGAUGCACAUCGCUCCGAGCUGGAAGCAGCUGCGCACACACUCACCGCGGAACACAGACAGCACGAACAUCAUCUCGCUGAGUUGCGCACUUCUUUCGACGAAAACCGUAAUGAGCUCAUAGAGUAUUUGGGUUCCGAAUUUGAGGAAAAGCUUCAGUGGGAGGAGAAUGAAAGUGAGUUUCGGCUUACCUUUGAGGAACAGCAGUACGACAGCUUGAUUGACGAUCUUCAUGAUCGCAAUGCGGUACAUCAAGGUCACAACUGGCUUUUGCACUUAGCGGACAGGGCCACCUCAUUGGAAGAGGUAUGGCUGCCUCUGGCUCGGGCGGUGGUGAUGCACCAGCUUUGCCUUCUAGCAGGGUUGCCGAUUCAGAUGCAGAGGAAGCCUUUGAACCCAGGAGCAAGCUUCGACGCCGCUGGCUUCACCAAGCACAUUGUGCCCCGGCUAUUCGACCUUUCAGUUUUUACCGCUGCGACCAACCCCUCCUCGACCCAGCUUGUCAGCUACGUCGAGGGCACCCACUUGGCCCCCAGCAUUGUACCUGUUCAGCAGUCUACACCGCAAAACUUCCCGGCGGCGAAGGCACUGCCGCACUUUCAGGACGCGUCGGCUUAUGCAGCAUAUCCUACGCUUCAGCAGACUCCUGUUCAGGCAUCAAUCUCUUUGGCGACUCCUAGACCGGUCCAGUCCUCACCGGCAGCUUUGCGAGUGCCCUUGGAACUGCACCCCCCGGCGUUGCGAGCUCCGACAGCUGGCAUGAUGACGAGCAAGGAAAAUCAUCAGGCAUGCGAUGAGCGGAACAAGGCUCUUUUCGACCAGCUUUGCAAAUCGCAUGGGGCCUACAGCUCGGUGCUGCAGCAGCUUGAAAGUAGCCGCGAGGGAGCCGUGAUUCGGUCCCGCUUGCUGAACAAGGUUAGCGACACCACAGCCGCCCGCUACCUUCGAUCUGUUCAGCUUUUCUUUUGUGCCUUUGAGGAGCUGGGCGGCAGCAUGGAGGCCAUAGAUCAGGGUCUGUUCCUCGAUGCUUUCUUCGCUUUGUCUCGAGGUGCUGAUUCAGGCCCCGUUUCAAAUAGCAUCAACGUCCUCAAGGCGCUCCGGUGGUAUAAGAAACUUCUGGCAAUCGCUUGUAUGCCCGACUUGUAUGGCACCGCUUUCAGCCUGCUCUCCAACCCGGCCGGGCAGGAGAAACGCGAGAGUAUACCUCUCCCUUUGUCGUUCGUCGCUUUUCUUGAACGCAUGCUCCUGUCUGGCAAGGCAAGCUUGAUGGACAUGAUCUGGGCAGGCUCCUUCCUUGUGGCUAUUGGUGCUAGCCUCCGCUUUGCAGAUGCACAACACAUUCGCUGGAGCACGCUCUGCGUUAGCAGCUUCACUUUGCGAGGAAUCUGCUACAGGACAAAGACCACUAAAGGGGGAUGCCCAUGGGGCCUCCUCAGCUUUGGAGUCUUCUCGUCCUCCGAGGAAUGGGGCAUGACAUGGCUUCCCCACUGGCUUGGGGCACUGGACACAGUAUGGUGCGAGGUUCGCUCCCGCUUUGGGCCCGACUGUCUGUUUUUCCUUUGGAGCGAUACCGGCUUUGCACCCGCAUCCUACUCCCAAGCCCUGCAGAAGCUUCGCUACAUGCUUACACUCUCUGGUAUAGCACCGGCUCAGGCAGCACAAUAUACGCUUCACAGCCUCAAGACCACCUUUCUGUCUUGGAUGAGUCAGCUGUCUAUCCCACUCUCUUCCCGCUUCCUGCAGGGGCACCACAAGGCUCCAGGGUCAGCUCAACUUUACUCGCGGGACGACGUGUGGCCAGCUUUGCGUGCACAGUGGCUGCUUUGGCGUUCAAUACACGCCGGCUUUCGUCCAGCGAGACCACAGCACAGAGGCGGCCAGUCCCCGCUUGUUGAGCCACUUGUGGACACUGCAGGUUUCCAGUGGGUGGAGCACUGCCCGGACCUCUCCUGCUUUUCCGUUGGCAACGACUGUCAGUCCUUCUUAGCCCUGGAGCAGCAGGAUGGCGACCUCCGUGACGCCCGGGAACGCGUCUGUUAA